AUGGCUCUUCGCUGCUUAUUUCAAUCUUCAACGACUUCCUCUUAUAUUUUUAAGAUCUGUGGAUCUCGUAUGCAUGGGACCAAAGCAACAGCUUAUGUUGUAGAAGAACAUGUUCCGGAGAUGGUGGGGGCACAAAGUGAGGUUGAAGAGUAUGCUGAUGUGGAUUGGGACAACCUCGGAUUCAGUCUUGUACGGACAGAUUACAUGUUCGCCACCAGAAGUUGCAGAGAAGGAAACUUCGAACAAGGCUACCUUAGCCGUUACGGCAACAUCGAGCUCAACCCUGCUGCUGGAAUUCUCAACUACGGCCAGGGACUAAUCGAGGGGAUGAAAGCGUACAGAGGAGAAGACGGCAGGAUUCUUAUGUUUCGUCCAGAGCUAAACGCGUUGCGUAUGAAGAAAGGAGCUGAGAGAAUGUGUAUGCAUUCUCCUACUGUUCAACAGUUUAUGGAAGGUGUUAAGCAGACCGUUCUUGCAAACAGACGUUGGGUACCUCCUCCGGGCAAAGGCUCCUUGUAUCUCAGACCGCUCUUGUUCGGAAGUGGAGCAAGCUUGGGUGUGUCUGCAGCAUCAGAGUAUACGUUUCUUGUGUUUGGCUCUCCUGUUCAAAACUAUUUUAAGGAAGGUACAGGUGCGUUGAACCUCUACGUGGAGGAGGUGAUUCCACGCGCCUGUCUUGGAGGAACUGGUGGCGUAAAGGCGAUUUCUAAUUACGGUCCUGUGCUUGAAGCGAUGAGAAGAGCGAAAGCGAGAGGGUUUUCGGAUGUUUUGUAUCUUGAUGCAGAAACUGGGAAGAACAUAGAAGAAGUUUCUGCUGCUAAUAUAUUCCUCGUCAAGGGGAAUACAAUAGUGACUCCAGCUACGAACGGGACGAUUCUUGAAGGGAUCACGCGAAAGAGCGUUAUUGAACUCGCCAUUCAUCUUGGUUACAAGGUGGAAGAACGAAAGGUUCCGGUAGAAGAGCUAAAGGAAGCAGAAGAAGUUUUCUGCACUGGAACUGCCACUGGAGUUGCUUCUGUAGGGAGCAUCACGUUUAACAACACAACGACUGAGUACAAAGUGAAAGAUGGACUUGUUACACAGCAACUUCGAUCGAUUCUUGUCGGAAUACAAACUGGUUCCAUCCAAGACCCUAUGGAUUGGGUUUUGCAGAUUGACUAA